ACCGUUGGCUAUGCUAUAAAAUCUUGGACCAUGCACACUUUAUAUGAUGAGUCCCAAAAACAAAAUCUUGGACCAUGGCAAACCAAAACUCUCAUUCAAUUCCCAUUUCAGACCCUGAAACCACCAUUACCAAUCCAACCAAAAAAUUCUCAGCCAACUUGAACUUCCAGAAAGUGAAAAACAACUUGGUUUUACAUUCAAAAUGGGCUGAACUAAAUGGUGCCAUGGGUGACCUUGGCACCUACAUACCAAUAGUUCUUUCCUUAACUCUAUCAAGGAACCUCAACCUUGGUACCACAUUAAUCUUCACAGGUGUAUGCAACAUGCUCACUGGUGUCAUUUAUGGGGUCCCUAUGCCAGUCCAGCCCAUGAAGUCAAUUUCCGCCGAGGCCUUAUCGGACACCACCUUCGGUGUACCGGAGAUAAUGGCAGCUGGAAUCAUGACCAGCGGCGCGGUGUUAUUAUUAGGUGUCACUGGGUUGAUGCAGUUGGUGUACAAGUUUAUUCCUUUAUCUGUUGUGAGGGGAAUUCAACUAGCACAAGGUUUAUCAUUUGCUUUAACUGCUGUUAAAUAUGUGAGGAAAAUGCAAGAUCUUCCAAAGUCUAAAGCUUUAGGUCAAAGACCUUGGUUUGGAUUAGAUGGAUUGGUUUUAGCCAUUGUUUGUGUUUGUUUCAUUGUAAUUGUGAAUGGUGCUGGUGAGAGUGAAAAUCAUAGGUGUUGUAAUAGUGAAGAAAGUGGUGAAAAAAAGAGGACAAGUAGAGUGAAAAAGAUUCUUUUUUCACUUCCUUCUGCUUUUGUAAUCUUUGUUUUAGGUGUUAUUUUGGCAUUCAUAAAAAGGCCUAAUGUGGUGCAUGAAAUUAAGUUUGGACCCUCUUCAAUAGAAGUGGUGAAAUUCACUAAACAUGCUUGGAAGAAAGGUUUUAUCAAAGGUACAAUUCCUCAACUUCCUUUGACAAUCUUGAACUCUGUGAUAGCUGUUUGUAAGUUGUCAAAGGAUUUGUUUCCUGAAAAGGACUUUUCAGUCACUUCACUUUCAGUGACAGUUGGGUUGAUGAAUUUGGUUGGUUGUUGGUUUGGUGCAAUGCCAUCUUGCCAUGGUGCUGGUGGACUAGCAGGACAGUAUAAAUUUGGUGGAAGGAGUGGAGGGUGUGUGGCACUUCUUGGUGUUGCAAAAUUGGUAUUGGGAUUGGUGUUAGGAACUUCUUUGGCACACAUUUUAAUGCAGUUUCCAGUUGGGAUUUUAGGUGUUUUGCUUUUGUUUGCUGGUCUUGAACUUGCUAUGUGUGCUAGGGAUAUGAAUAGCAAAGAAGAUUCCUUUGUGGCACUUAUUUGCACUGCUGUUUCAUUGGUGGGAUCAAGUGCAGCACUAGGAUUUUUGGUUGGAAUGAUUGUGUAUUUGCUUCUUAAGCUAAGGAAUUUGACAAAAGAUAAACCAUAAUAUAGGUCCAUAAAAUGGAUUUGGAUUAUUUGAAGUAACAAAUUUCAUGCGAUCAGAAUAUUGGUGGUCAUUGGAUUGAGACCGAACUUUGCAGAAAGCAAGCAAAUUUCACACGGUCUGAAAAUAUUGAGCUUGAAAUCAAAAUUGUCCAGUCCUAACUGAAUUACCGACACUGUAUUGAUUGCAUGAAUGUGUGGGAUUUGUGAUGACAAGCCAAAUCCCCAUAAAAGUACCUAGCAAAUGUAGCUCUGAAAAGUCUUCAAUAAAAUGUUUGUUGUUAUUAGUUAUCUAUUUUAGUAUUGUAAAAGUGGCUGCAACAAUAACAUAAUAGUUCUUGAGGUCUUUGCAAUUAAAAUUGGAGCGCAGUUUGUUGUCGACUUA